AUGGCGUCGUCUGAUAAUCUGGUUAACAUUGAACAGAACCCGUGGAAAUUUGGUCCGGGAAUGGGGGAUGGUUGGAUAUCUGAUUUCUUCACCAAAGAAACAGAGACGCUAACAAGAGCUUUAACGAAAUCGUUUACAAAUUCCUCACCAACCGACUGCACAUCGACCGAAAUGACGGACUCUUUGCUGUUGAAACCGGAAACUACGUCGUCUCAAACACCUACACCUUCCGGCUGUUCAGAAAAUGAAGUUCCGUUUUCCAAACGCCGGAACGUUGGGGUGACUGGGAAAAUAACCAAACGUAAAUCUCGUGCAAAGAAGCGCGCAACGACGACGUUUAUUACUGCGGAUCCGGCGAAUUUCAGGCAAAUGGUGCAGCAGGUGACCGGCGUAAGAUUCGGCAGCGAAUUGAAUGAACUGAUUCCGUUUUCGCCGGAGUUGAAGCCCGAUCAGCAGAGGCCACUCAGCAUGUUUCAAACCGGUUUUACCUUGCCCACCCUUGACACUUCAUCUUUCCUGCUGGACCAGCAAGUGUUUCAGCCGCCAGUAAUUAAUGAACCUCAGCCGCCCACGGUGCUUGCUGACAGUGGCGCAACUGGUUUUAGCUUUGACUCUUUUUGUAGCUUUCCCACCCUUGAGUCUUGGAAAGUUAUGUGA